AGAAUAUCAGUGAGCCACUUCCUGGAGGACUCAUGAUCGCGCAGACUGGUCACCGGUUCCCGGCAGAGGACAUAGUCAUGAAUGGCAGCGGGGACACGGCUUCACAGGUGAGAGCAUAGGCUGCACACAACCUGCAGGGUAUGGGCACAGAGAGCGACAGCAUGCUGCUGCUCGCAGCUGAGGCGUUCCAGUCCAAAAACUUCGACCUGGCCGCGGACAUCUACGAGUGCCAGCUAGCGGGAGUCGGAGACCCAGGGAGCCGACAGGAUCUAAUGGUGAAGCGGGGUGACGCGCUCGCUUUCGGGGGCAAAUUCACCGAAGCUCUUGACGUGUACCGGCAAGCCUCAGAGACAGAGCGGCUGAAGCCUGCCCAGCUGGCCAACCUCAUAGCGUAUCUGUCGGGUAGCAUCCGGAGGCAGAACGCGGGGGGCAGCCGGCGCAGCGGCGGAGGAGGAGGAGAGGAGGAGGCGGCGGCGGCACCGCCAGCUCCACCGGGGCGUGCAGCGGCUGCAAGUGCUACAGGUGGCGGGCAUGCGGACUUCUCCUGCCGGAUAUGUCUGAGCUUUCUGUUCGAGCCCGUGACUCUGCCGUGCGGACACAGCUUCUGCAAGAAGUGUCUGGAGAGGGAGACGAGGAUGAAGGAGCGGCCGGUCGUGUGUAAGGAGUGCAAGGACAACUCCCCGGCGGACGAGCAGAGUUACCGGGUGAACGUGAUGCUCAGCAGCCUGCUGGCCAAGUGGCGCCCCAGCCUGCAGCAGGCCGGCCGGCUGAGGCGCGAGGGCAACGGGCUGUACGCCGACAAGAAGAUGGAAGCGGCGCUGGAGAAGUACAACCAAGCCAUACUGAUAGCACCCAUGGACCACAUACUGUUCAGUAAUCGCUCCCAGAUCAACUCCAGCCUGAAACACUAUGAAAAGGCUCUGAGAGAUGCUGAGACUGCCUGCAGCCUCAAGCCUCGCUGGUCCAAGGGUCACGUCCGUAAGGCCCAGGCCCUGGUGUCGCUGGGGCGGUCGGAGGAAGCUCUGAGAGAGUACCUGGAGUGUUUGUCCAUAGAGCCUGACUGCAGACUGGCCAAGAUUGAGGCUCACAAGCUCCUGAGUCAUCUCCUGGCUCCAGUCACAGACCAGGUCCCUGAACACAUCGCCGACUACUCCUGCAUAGGGUCUUCCAUAGCACACAUCAAGAGCAGCUUCAGUUCUCCCUUCCAGCCUCUUAGUCCCAACUUGCUGUCUUCAGAGUCCAGACUCGCCUCCACUCCUCCAGCCCUUCUGAUGUCAGGGGGCAGAGCUCCCAGUUUCCUCUUAAAACGAAAGCGAAGAAGCUCAGAGGAGAAGCAGGAGGUGGAGGAGCGAGGACUGGAGAGGAACGACGAGCACAAGAGAUGUAGAUCUGAGGCGGUCACUGGCUCAUCGAGCUGUGAGGUCUUGGACCCAUCAGAUGUGGAGUGUUCCCUUUGUAUGAGACUGUUCUAUGAGCCUGUGACGACGCCAUGCGGUCACACCUUCUGUCUUCAAUGUCUGAAGCGAUGUCUGGACCACAACCCGAAGUGUCCACUCUGUAAAGAAGAGCUGUCCGAGUACCUGAUCCAGAGGCAGUACUCUAAGACAGUACUAAUGGAGAACCUAAUAUCGAAGUAUCUUCCCUCCGAGCUCAUGGAAAGACAGAAGAUCCACCAGGAAGAGAUGGCUGAGCUCUCCAACCUUAACAAGAAUGUGCCUAUAUUCGUGUGCACCAUGGCCUUCCCCACUGUGCCGUGCCCUCUCCAUAUCUUCGAGCCUUGCUACAGACUGAUGAUUCGCCGAUGCAUGGAGACAGGAACAAACUGCUUCGGCAUGUGCCUGGCAGACAACCUCAAAGGGUUUGCAGACUACGGCUGCCUGUUGGAGAUCCGCGACGUGAAGUUCUUCUCUGAUGGUCGCUCAGUGGCGGACACCAUCGGUGGACGGAGAUUCAAAGUCAUUCAGCACAGCGAGAGGGACGGAUACAAUACAGCUGAUAUAGAGUACCUGGAGGAUGUUAAGGUGGAGGGUGUAGCAGAACGAGAGCUGCAGUCUCUGCAUGAUGCAGUGUACGACCAGGCCCUGGUGUGGGUCAACUCCCUGAAGGCAGAGCAGAAGGAACGCAUUGAAGGACACUUUGGACCCAUGCCUGAGAAAGACCCCGAACUUCAGGUCGGUCCCAAUGGUCCGUCAUGGUGCUGGUGGUUACUCGCCGUUCUUCCGUUAGAGGGCAGAGCCCAGCUGCCGUUUCUGGCCCUCACUUCUCUGAAAGAUCGUCUCAGCGGUAUCCGCAAGGUGCUGCUCUUCAUGGCCCAGAGCAGGCACCGGUGACAUGCCCCCCCCCCCCCACACCCUUCAGCAGCAGUUGACCUGUUGUUCUUCCUUUUUGAUGCACAAAUUAUUGACAAUAGAUAUUGUUGCACCCUUCCUGACGUCACGCCACGCUGGAUUUCAUCUACACCUCAGCAGCAAAGAUGAAAUACAUCUGAUGGAACUGACCUCUUCCAAACAUUAAGUUCUCAACACACCGCAGAGUAAACUCCACUAAGGUGCAGACUUAAGCUCCAUUCGGACAGGAGGGGAAUUACGUUGGAGAAUCAUCACCUUCUAUUGUAACAUUUGAUGUCCGUUGAUGUCAGUGCUAAUGAAGCUAAGUGUAUGUUUCUGUCUAACCUCCCUCGUUCGGCUCCAAGCUGUGGUGCUGAAAUGUCUUCAUCUGUCCGUGCUCCAGCGUUGCCUUUCUGGCCCUCCUCCAUUCUUUUUGUAGUUCUCUGCUCUUCCUGUUGCAUACACGUUGUGUGUGGAAUGACACACCAAACAAGAAACGAUAAAAAAAAGUCAAAGUGCAUCUUUGCAAUCUUAAAAAAUUGUGUCUAUUCUGUAAAAAAGCGGAGCUGCCUCUCUCAUCGUAGCUUCAAAGCAAAGAUGAAGCAAAGUUCAGAAUCAAAGUGUCCCCAUCCUAUAUCUCUUUAUAUGCACAUUUAAAUUCUAUAGAGACCAAACUAUGAAUUUGCCUUUUUGUGUAAAUACACUCACCACUGUUGAGUGACCAAUUACAUUACAAGUGAUUAGAUAAGAUUUAUUUCUAUUAUUUCAAACUACUCGGUGGUUGAAAUAUAUGUAAACUAGGUGCAGACAUUUAUAGUUAAUCCUGUAACUUGAACAACUAUUAGUUUUUGACAGUCGUUCUGUCUGCUUCCUUUCCUUUCCUCUUCCAUUUCGGUCUCGGUCUCUUUGAGCUGACAGUGGACUGAACCGUUACAUCGAUAUGCUUCAAGGCUCUUGUUGUUGUGUUUUGUUCAUCCAAUUUUUUCUAAUUUGUUGGAUUUGUUCCAUUAUUUAUUUUUAUCAUUAUUUAUGCAUGCAGUGACAUUGUUUACAUUUCGCGGAGAGAGAUGAUGAGCUGUUUUUUUACUUAUCAUUUGACCCAACCAUCAGCAGUAGUGACCUUCUAACAGAAACAUCCUUCACUCAAUCCAGAAAGGGUAACGACAUGGCUGACACUGACAACUGCACCGGGUACUGUGACCCCCGGUGACAAAAAUUUCUGGAGAAUUUAAUUUGUAUUAGCCUAAUAAUCAUAAUCAUUAGUCAUAAUCGGUGCUAUGUUGACUUAAACAUAUUUGGAUUCCGCAGCUGUCUGCAGCCUCUCCCUGGCUGAGAUAUAUUUGUAAAGCCCACAAUGCAGCAGGAAGUCCUGACCAGGACCUGGAUUCCUGACAACUUAAUAUCCCUCAAGAGUAUUUAUUCAGUAUUUAUUCUGACUUAUUUUGCACCACUUUAAGUAAGGGAAUAGAAACAGUGCAGACAGGAUUCUGUGUAUUUAUUUCCUCCAUGGCAGAAGUUUGAAUGCUUUUCUUUUGCAUCUCCUCACAGGACAACAUGACUGCUAAAGAUCUGCAUUCAUUAGAGUGUGACCGGUGCUACACUAUUGGUAAAGGCUAGUGCCUUCACUUCACAGAAAAAAUUAGUGUUGAUAUGUUACACCUAAAGAACCAUACCAGGUUCAUUUUACCCUGCAGAUUGAAACUUUCAAAACAAGAUUUUCACAGGGAGGAAAUACUGUUAAUUGACUGAAAACAAAAGCAACAUAUUUUUGUGAGGAAAUAUGUGUUUAAAAGUAUUGAGGCCUUGCCGAUGUCUGUGACAUAAUGUUCAUCAAUGGAAAAAUACAGAAGAAUGUUAGGCUUUGUUUUAUACAUGUGUUUGAUUUGACUUGUUUCAAUGUCAAUCAGGUUCUCUGUAUUUUAUAUUUUUCCUCAUUAACUGGUAUAUUUGCCUCUCCUUAUUCAUGUGAUUGUACAUGGAGCGUUAAGUGAAAUAAUCCACAUUUAGGAUUUUCUUUUGAAGGGCCAAAACCAUGUAAUGAGGAUAAAAUUAAAAAUACUACAAUCUAUAUAUUUACCCACAAUAAUUUGUUGACAGAAUGAAUGCAUUUUAUGAGUUUUUUUACUGCCAUCAAAUGGUGGCUAUGUGGCACAGAAUUAAACAGCAAUACUUUAUAAUGUAAGCUUCUAUCCAAUAUUUCUGUGUAUUGAACAGAGUGGUAAAUGCUGUUGUUUGAAGAGGCAUUUGCACAGAGAAACCCACUCUGUACGGUAAUGCGUACAAUGAUGGCCUCAGUAGCGUCGCUGCUAUCAUGAUUUGAUAACCAUUAAGAAAUUAUAAAUAAGCUCCGACUGGGCAGGAAAGGGAAACUAUCAAUAAUCACACCAAGUAUAACAGCAUAUCACAUAAAUAAUUCCCAUUCAGAGAAGGAGGAGCCAAUGUUAAACUAUUACUUCAAAUUCAUGGCAUGGAAAUAAUUUAAAGUCCGUUCGAUCGACAGUAUCAAAAUGAGCUACGCGUAACACCUUUUUAUACAUAAAGGAAUAGUUCGGCAUUUUGGGAAAUUAGUUAGUAGUUGCUUUUUAGUCCAGAGCUAGUGGUGGAUAUUAUUUUUAGGUUUUGUUAGGAUGAACCAUAUUUGUGAGAUAACCUUUUUUGUAAUGUGCUUCAAGUUGUCGACAAGUUGUCAUUUGUGAGAUUAGUUUUUGAUGAGUUUGACAAACCAGCUGUAACAUGUUUCUGUUGUUUUGGAGGUGCUGAUCUUUAGAUAGAGCCAAUCUAACAGUUUCCCCUGAUUCCACCCCCAAUGCCAGUUGAAAGCUAACCUGCUGCUAGCCCUAGCUUCAAACUUAGCAUACAAACAUUAGAGUUGAGUCAAUCCUCUUAGCUCUUGACAAGAAGGUGAAUGAGUGUUUUUCCUUAAAAGCUAAGUCAAACUAUGCUUUCAUUACAAUGACACAUAUGCAUACUGGCAAACAACAUACUAAGCUUCAGCCACUGCAACCUUGGGCAACUCCUAAUAGCAGUAACUAUAUAUUUAUUUAGCUGCUAAAUUUAUAAUUUUUAUUGUACUCUUUUUGUCACUCCUGAGAUUCCAUAGCCUCGGAUGAUUAAAACAGGUUAGAUGAUGCAACCAAGUUGGACUAUUAAUACAUUGGGAUUUGUCUUGGUGUCACCUACUUUAUCCUUAAAGGUCAGGAUUGGUCUAUAACCUGCUUUUACAGCUUGAUGGUAACAUUCAAUUUUGUGUAGCAUUCAAAAUUCAUGAUAACUGUGAUUAGGAAAAGAGCCACUGGCAGAAAUGUGUGUCCCUAGGCUUUUUAUUUCUAUACUUCCAGUUUGUAUCUCUGACCAUGACAUUGCAGAUGUAGAGGAAGUUUGAUCUUUUUUACUUUUUUGCCGCCUAGCUAUGCAGUUCACAUCUUGACCAUUCAGAAUUCAGCCGGUGACCUUUUGAAGAAGUGUAACUACCUCUGGUACCCUCUUUGAGCACUUCCACAUAGAGAGACACAAUAAUGAUGCUUCCUAAUUCUAUUAUUUUCAUUGUUAUUGUUGUUUAAUCUGUGUUUGAAAUGAAUUUCAGAGUCUCGAAAUGUUUAUCAUCACGUGUCCCAUCAGUGCUCCAAAAUGUACUUUUUGUUCAAAUUUGUGCCUGUGUUAAAAUGCACCAUCAUCGACACCUCACAUUUUUAAAAGAGAUUAUGCCACUGGUCAGUUCAGUGAAGAGAUUUCUUUGUCAUGUGUUUAAUGCUGAUCCCAAAUAUUUGACGUGUUUGAAGAAGCGCCUAAUUUUUCUUCCCUUCCAAUUUGAACAUCGCUUAGAAACAAAGUUAGAGUCAAACAGAGUCGGAUCCCCUGGCUGAACCGCCGACUUCACACUCUUGCUCUGCUAUUUGGCCUUAAACACUUCACAUCUUUAAAAACCAAGCGCUUCUCACAUGUGUUCAAAUAUUUGCACGACUUCAGUUACUAGAUUGUCUGAAUCUUAACUCCUGUAGAAAUCCAUGGCCUCUAAAUGUGUCCGGGUGAAUUCGCACAAGAUGAAUGUAUGUAUGUCUCGACAUCGUUCUGAUGUUUUUGUACGUGUCUGCUUUUGAUAGUUAAACUUUAGUAUUCAUUAACUUUGCAAAAGUGGAGUCUGAAGCUACGGCUUGUGAAUAAACCAAAAGGAUUGUGUUCAUGAUUCUUUAUUGGAUUAUGGAAUGCACCUGACUGGAUUAGAA